GUAGAUAAGCCAACGUCGGCCGGCCGCUCGUCUCACUCUCUCCGUAGUCACCGGAUCGAUCAUCAUGUCUUCAGACCCGUGCUCCUUCUCCUGCGUCACCAGAUGCGUCACCAGACACCUGAACCUCACCCUGCGCGUGGACUUCGACCGGCGCGUCAUCCGAGCCAAGGUGGAGCUGACGGUGGAGGCUCUGGAGGACCGCUUCUCCGCCCUGACUUUGGACACAAAAGACCUGCAGGUCGUCUCGGUGACUGCGAAUGGACAAGCGGCGAGCUUUACGAUGGGCCCCAAGCACAGCUUCAAGGGGACUCCGCUGGACAUCACGUUGCCCUUUGACCUCUCCAGAGGGCAGCAUGUGAUCGUGGAAGUGACCUAUGAGACGUCUCCGUCUGCGUCGGCGCUGCAGUGGCUCUCACCUGAGCAGACUGCCGGGAGGAAGCAGCCGUACCUGUUCAGUCAGUGCCAGGCUCAUCACUGCAGGAGCAUGAUUCCCUGUCAGGACAGUCCGUGUGUGAAACACACCUACUACGCCCAGGUGUCAGUACCUAAAGACCUGGUGACUGUGAUGAGCGCAGUGAGAGACGGACAGGAAGUCGAUCCUCAGGACAAUAACCGCGUCCUCUACAGGUUCAGACAGACGGUGCCCAUGCCUUCUUACCUGAUAGCCAUUGCGGUCGGCGCUUUGGAAAGCAGGGAGAUCGGGCCCAGAUCCAGAGUUUGGUCUGAGAAGGAGUUUGUGGAUAAAGCAGCAUUUGAGUUCUCUGAGACGGAGGCCAUGCUGAAGGCUGCCGAGGACCUGGUUGGGCCGUAUGUUUGGGGUCGCUACGACAUCCUGGUUCUUCCUCCUUCUUUCCCCUACGGAGGGAUGGAGAACCCCUGCCUGACCUACGCUACACCCACCCUUCUGGCAGGAGACAAGUCUCUCUCCAAUGUGAUCGCUCAUGAGAUCUCACAUAGCUGGACCGGAAACCUGGUGACCAACAAGACCUGGGAACACUUCUGGCUGAACGAGGGUCACACGGUCUACCUGGAGAGGAUGAUCGGCAGGUCUCUGGUCAGCGAGCAGUUCAGACAGUUCAAGGCCAUGGGGGGCUGGAAGGACCUGCAGGACUCGGUGAACACCUUUGGAGCCAACAACGUGCUGACCAACCUGGUCCCCAGCCUGCAGGACGUUGACCCCGAUGAAGCCUUCUCCUCAGUUCCCUAUGAGAAGGGCUUCGCUUUACUCUACCACCUGGAGGAGCUGAUGGGGGGGCCAGAGGUGUUCAUGGGCUUUGUGAGGUCAUACAUCCAGAUGUUUGCUUACGGCAGCGUGACCACAGACGAGUGGAAGAACCACUUGUUCUCCUACUUCAAAGACCAGGUGGACAUCCUGAACAAGGUCGACUGGAACGCCUGGAUGUUUACCCCCGGGAUGCCUCCAGUCAAACCUCAGUACGACACAACGCUGGCUGACGCCUGCAUCUCUCUGAGCCAGAGGUGGGUCAAGGCCAAAGACCAGGACAUGAGCAGCUUUAAGGAGUCCGAUGUGAAGACGCUGUCGUCCCACCAGCUCAUCGAGUUCUUGUCCCUCCUGCUUCAGGAGGUAAAUCACAUCAAUUCACGAGGUUUAAUAUACAUAAUGUCAGCCUACAACCCACAGAUCCGAUUCAGGUGGCUCCGGCUGUGUGUGCGGUCCCGGUGGGAGGAAGCGGUUCCCAUGGCGCUGAAGAUGGCGACGGAGCAGGGCAGGAUGAAGUACACCAGGCCGCUCUUUAGAGAGAUCUUCAACUACGAGAAGUAUCGAGACGAAGCCGUUCGAGUAUUUGUCGCUCACAGAGCAGCGAUGCACCCGGUCACCUCCGGACUGGUGGCCAAAGACCUGCAGGUGGACGCCAGUAAGACCACCAGCCUGUAACGAGAGUCCAGUAAGACCACCAGUCUGUAUGAGACCAUCAGGAUAUUCAGUCAAGCUCCUUCAUGAGUUCAACUUCAUUCUGUGAAAGUUAAUAAAUCAGAAUAAAAACA